AUGAUUAACAACAACCAAUUGAUCCAAGCUGCCGGUUUUCUCUUCGCCAUCGCAAUUGCAAUGGCACUAUCCGUCUUGGCCUUCGUAAAGGACAUCCUCGCUCUUCUUUCAUUCCGCGCAUCGUCUACUGUCGCGCCAGAAUAUCCCCGCAUUGUCGUUACGGUCAAGGUGGACGUUGUGACUACCCAAAACUCGACGAUUGAACCAUUAUCUUCCGUGUCGUCAGACUCGACCUUUGUCCAAGUAUCAUCAGAAUGCUACAGCGGCGCACGAGGAGGCAAGCGGAGUUGCUUAAAGGAGAUCAUCCCAACCGCUCAGACCAGAAAGGCUAUUAAUGAUGCUCUACGUUCCACGCAUGGACCAUGGACCUACCGAUCACCUUCGCAUAUCCGCACCAUCAUCGUCAGCUUUCCCUUGCCUAUAUCUGGCCGAAGGCUCGCCCAAGACGUUCCUCCAUCUCAAAGGGUGCAAAUGGUCUCGGAUAUCACGCUGAAACCCGAUUAUCUUUCCGCCGCUGUUCUACCGGUCUGUCUCUUUUUUAUCAAGAUGACCUCUUCAGCACCCAGUCCUCAGUUCAUGUUGCCGCGUCCGAUUCUUUGA